AUGUUGGACGAGGAAAGCGCUGCGAAUGGGGAAGGGGGGCUGGGGGAGGCUGUUGUGGCCUCGACCUCUGCUCUUCUCGAGCCCGACGCGAUGGAGACGCUUCAACGCACUCGUCGCGUUCGCCGCACGCGCGCGCGUUACGAACGGCUGCAACCGCCACCCGGGGUGCUCCCUGGGGAGCCGGUGCCGAGCAUCGAAGGGUGGAUCCUCCUCCUCACACAGCUCCCACCCUGCACGACAACGGAGGAUGUUGAGAGCCUCUUCGCGCUCUUCCGGGAGGGCGAUCCCGACUACUUCGGGGUCGUCCAGAAGGUGAAGAUCCCGCUCGAUAAGGACUGUCUUUGCCCGGGGUACGCGUUGGUGGAGUUGGACUCCGAGGAGGGCUUCCGACGCGCGCUGGCGGAGCUGCAGGGGACGCCGGUGCCCAUAGGGCUGCCGCCGGAUACCCCGCCGGAGGAGAUCCCCCGCCUGAGGGUCUCCCCUGUUUUCCUCGCGGAGGAGGCGGAGGUCGAGGAGGAGCCGCGGGAGCCCCUCCCGGGGGAGAAACGACCCCGUGAAUGA